AUGGCACAGAGAAACGUUGCUGCUAACUCUUCUCUUGAGAAAACUAGUUUGGCUUAUCUAGAUCAGAGGAUGGCCAUGGCCAAACGCUGUUCUCAUCAAGGUGUGAUGGCUGGAGCAAAGGCAGCUGUUGUUGCUACUAUUGCCACUGCCAUUCCAACUCUGGCUAGUGUCAGGAUGCUACCUUGGGCAAGAGCAAACCUCAAUCACACUGCACAAGCUCUCAUUAUUUCAACCGUGGCUGGAGCAGCCUAUUUCAUAGUAGCUGACAAGACUGUCUUGGCAACGGCAAGAAAGAACUCCUUCAACCGACCCUCCAAUGCAUAA